CACGUGAUUCGCGCUAUGCCAACAGUCCUGCUCUGUCGGGGAGGGUGACGUCUCUUAUCGUAUCGUAUCGUCUUAGUAAUGGCGGACACAUGUGGCCAAAUCCUUCUCGGGUCCGGACUAACUGUCCUGUCCCACCCUCUUAUGUACAUCAAGGUUUUAGUUCAGGUUGGACACGAACCCCUCCCUCCCACUCUAGGAAGGAAUCUAUUUGGCAGACAAGUGUAUCAGCUUCCAGGGCUUUUUGCAUAUGCCAAACACAUCAUAAAGAUUGAUGGGAAGUCAGGCCUGUUUAAAGGCCUCGCCCCAAGGCUUUGUGCUGGGACCAUUGGAACUCUUGUACAUAGUAGAGCAUUACAGAAAUGCCAAGAGAAGAAUAUUGAGGUGCUGGGAUGCAGUCAGAAAGCAGAAGAUGGUUCUCUGGAACAUGUAGUAAAUGAGACCACUAAAGAGAUGAUUGCACGAUCCUGUGCCACAAUUGUCACGCACCCUUUUCAUGUGAUCACGCUCAGAUGUAUGGUACAGUUUAUCGGCAGAGAAGCCAAAUACAGUGGUGUAUUUGACUCCAUUAUUACAAUCUACAAAGAAGAAGGGAUCCUGGGUUUUUUUGCUGGCCUCAUUCCUCGUUUACUGGGUGACGUUCUUUCCUUAUGGAUCUGCAACAUGCUUGCGCACGCCAUCAAUACAUACGCUAUAGAUGACUCGACAAGUCAUACAGGAGAGAUAAAGAACUGCUCUCAGGCUGUGACUGGAUUUUUUGCCAGUAUGUUGACGUAUCCGUUUGUAUUGGUGUCCAACCUGAUGGCUGUUAAUAACAGUGGGCUGGCUGGAGGUAAACCACCCUAUGCUGACAUUUAUCCCAACUGGCUUCACUGCUGGGGUCACCUGAGCCGAGAGGGUAACAUGAGCAGAGGCAACAGUUUGUUCUUCCGAAAGAUUCCUGCAGGGAAGACGUAUGCCAUUGAUCAGAAGAGAUUUUUCUGAUUGGGAAGCCAUUAGCAUAGAGAUUAAUUAUAAUAAUUUAAUUGAGCUGGCCCAUAAAGUUGGACUCCUAAUCCUUUGUAUGCACUUGUCUACGAUAACAGACUUUUCUUUUUGAUAAUCAGUCUCUAGGAUUAUUACUGUUUAUUUUAUCAGAACAUUAUUUUCACUACAUUGUUGGAAAGAUAAAGAGUUUUAUUUUAAAACCCUUGGAUCUGUAUACAUGCCCUACUUAAAGAUACCCCAAUAGAAUUGUAUCAGUAAUGCACUUGAGGGCACUCUCCUGGCUCCAUCUAUGCCUGAAUCCAGUGCAGGCCUCUCACAUGCAUUUUUGUUUUCAUUUUCCCCGUCAUGAUGCUCAUCAGUAAAUUAGUCCUUCUACACCUGCUGUUGAGAAAUGUUAAACUCUGCAAACAGUAGACUGACCUUAAAGUGAAUCCAACAGGACCCUUUAUGAGGCAUGUGGUAUCUCAGUCAAUUUAUGUGUUUUGUGUGUGAGAGAGGGAGAUUAUGUGAUUUUAUAUCAGUGAGUUAAAACAAUAUGGAGGUUGACCUCUACCUCUAUUUAAGAUCCUGGUCCCAUUCAGAAGCAGGUUUAAUUUAUGUUCAUUAUCUGAUUGACCAAAAUAAAUCUGAGAAUGUU